GUGAUGGCACUAUGACAUUUAUAUUGUUGACAAAUUGAAAAGAUAAGUAAAUUGACUAUUGGGAAUGCCAGCAUUGCAAAGUUAUUUAAAAUGAUAUAUUUUAAAAAUUAUUAUACAAAAACAAAAUUGUUUAGUGAGUUAUUAACAGCGCAUUAAUUCUACUCUACUUGGAACAAAGAAAAUUACAAUUAAAAAAUUAAUAUGGUGAGAAUACGGGGACUAACGAGAACCACUAGGAUAGUAGCUCUUUGCAGCUUUGCAAAUUUCAUUAAUAGCGCCGAUAGGGUAAUAAUGCCCAUAGCAAUGGUGCAAAUGACUGAUAUUUUUCACUGGACGUUACAUACUCAAGGUUGGAUUUUGUCAGCAUUUGCAUUUGGUUAUUUUACUAGUCAGUUACUAGGAAGUUUCUGGGCCACCCAAGUAGGUGCUAAGAAUGUAUUAAUAUGCAGUGUCUUACUUUGGAGCAUCGCAACAUUUAUGACCCCGUUUUUAGCAGGCAGUAUAAUAUCUUUAUUGGCUUGUAGAAUCAUACUGGGAUUUGCAGAAGGUUUAGGUCUCCCAACUAUAUUCCAUUUAUUUGCUCAUACUAUACCAGUAGAAGAAAGAUCAAGGGCAUUUUCUUACUUACUAGCUUCUGGAUCUGUGGGACAAACUGUUGCUUCGGUGGUGUGUCCACAUUUAUCAUGGGAAGCAUGCUUUUAUUGGUUUGGUUCACUCGGUUUCCUGUGGAUUCUCCUUUGGUACUGUUUUUAUCCGGAAGACGCAUACAGUACGGAAGACUCUCUACCUUUACACAUGCCAAAGGUUAUAUCCCAUACAAUUAGAUGGGCUGAUUUUAUAUUUAGUAAACCAUUAUGGGCUAUAUAUACCGCACAUUUUGCAAUGAAUUGGUCCUCUUAUAUCAUCAUGCAAUGGCUACCAACAUAUUUAUCUCGAUAUUUAGGUGCUAAUGCUCAUAGUUUAAGUUUGACUGCCGUACCUUAUAUUAUAAACUCCAUAUUCGGUGUGAUAAGUGGACAUAUAGCCGAUGGUCUGCUAGGUAAUAAAAAUUGGUCUGUUUUAAACGUAAGAAGACUCAUGACAAGUAUAGGAUUGAUAGGACCAGCGUUAUUUUUGGCAAUUUUUUGUGUAGUGGACCAUUUGGCGUUUGCUCUUAUUCUUGUCAGUAUAUCGAUGGGAUUGUCCGCAAGUAAUUCAGCCGGGCAUUUGAGUAACCACGUGGAUAUCGCACCUAAUUAUGCGGGAACUACUUUUGCUAUAAGUAAUACAAUUGCAACUAUUCCCGGGAUUCUAUGCGGGCCAGUUACCGCUAGUUUAGUGACGUAUUCGAAUGGAAAGUGGAUGUCUGUAUUCCUUGGUGCUACGUUCAUCAAUCUUACCGGUGCUUUUAUAUAUUUUACAAAUAGUGUUGCCACUCAGGUACUUUAAAUUGUAUCUAGAUUGUAUAAAAUGUAUUUAUUUAGGUUUAAGGAGAGAAUAAAUAUUGUUCCUAGAAAUUA